AUGGGAACCACCACCCUGGUCUGCCAGUCCAGAGGACAGCCCAAGAACAUCCAGAGCCUUCAGGACUCGGGGCAGACCUCGUCCACCCCCUCGGGGGGUCCUGUCGGGGGUGCUCUGGGAGUAUGGGCCAUUCAGUCCUUAUACGACUAUUGCAAGAGCUUGGUCUGCAUAUCCGGCAAUAAGUUGGACUCGUUCCUGGUGGAUGAUGUGGUUCUGUUGGCUUCAUCGGGUGAUGGCCUCCAGGUCACCUUGGAACGGUUUGCAGCCGAGUGUGAAGGGGUGGGAAUGAGAAUCAGCACCUCCAAAUCUGAGGCCAUGGUCCUCAGCCGGAAAAGGGGACCUCCUGGAACUAAGGGAGAGAAAGGUGAACGGGGAGAUCUCCAGUCGACAGCAUCAGUUCAGGCCAUUGCCAGACAGGUCUGUGAGCAGCUGAUCCAAAGCCACAUGGCGCGCUACAACAGCAUCCUGAACCACGUGCCGAGUCCUCCUGUGUCAAUCCGCACAGUUCCUGGACCACCAGGAGAGCCUGGUCGAGAAGGACCCUCAGGACCACAGGGAGAACAGGGACCCCCAGGCAGACCAGGCUUCCCAGGACAAAAUGGACAGAAUGGGCAACCAGGAGAAAGAGGACAACCAGGAGAGAAGGGUGAUAAGGGAUCUCCAGGUGUUGGUGUUCAAGGACCCAGAGGACCUCCAGGACCACCUGGUCCCCAGGGACAGGGCAGACCAGGUAGCUCUGGACCCUCAGGACGACCUGGAAAUCCCGGAGUACCCGGUCGGCCCGGAGCCCCCGGUCCCAUCGGCCCCCAGGGGCCUCCGGGUUACUGUGAUCAGAACUCCUGUGUGGGCUACAAUGUUGGAGAAGGCGAGGAUGUCACUGACGGCGGCGCUGUCCCCGCAGUCCAACUACCACCCAGCGUCUUCCAGAACUACGGCGAGGUCGAGGAAGACGAUCCGUACCGCUACUACCAGCCCAACUACCCGGCCCCUCGACCAGUGGCGCCCGAUGAUCCCGCACUGGCCCUGGGUGACAUUGAGCUGAGGUCUCCUGGUGUCUACCGCACCUCUCGGAGUGUGAAGGAGGAGGAAGAGAAAGUCGGGUCGAAGAGACGACUAAAGAGAGGCGCUGCGUGGACUAACUGA